UUCCAAAUGCAUCUAAUCCAUUCCAUGUGAUUCUUGACUUCUCUCGAAAACCCAUACUGCCAUAAAUAUAUAUAUCACUUUACUUUCUACAUACAUAUUCCACUACUAAAAAGAGUACUUCGUUACUUCCUUCCAUUACGCUUCAUAAUCAAAAUCAUGGCAGAGGAGCACCACAAGCAGUAUGAGGGAUCUGAGAGCCGGGACGUGGAGGUCCAGGACCGCGGCGUCUUAGAUCUUGGUAAGAAAAAGGAGGGUGAGAAUAAGCCUCAAGAGGAGGUGAUCGCCACCGAGUUUGACGACAAGGUUAAGGUAUCUGAUGAGGCUGAUCACGAGAAGAAACCCAGCCUCUUGGAGAAGCUUCACCGAUCAGACAGCAGCUCAAGUUCUUCGAGUGAGGAGGAGGUUGAAGAAGGAGGUAAGAAGAUAAGGAAGAAGAAGGAAAAGAAAAGGUUGAAGGAGAAGGUGGAGGAGAAGAUAGGGCACAAGAAGGAGGAGGAGCAUCAUGAGGAGAGUGGUGCAGUUCCAGUAGAGAAAGUUGAGGUUCAUCAUACUGAGGAGAAGAAGGGCUUCCUCGACAAGAUUAAGGAGAAGCUACCUGGUGGUGCUAACAAGAAGGCUGAGGAGCACACGGCCACCACCACUCCACCACCACCACCACCACCACCAGCCGAGUGCGUUGAGACUGCUCAUCAACAUCAUGAGCAUGAGGCUCAGGGUGAGGCCAAGGAAAAGAAAGGCAUCUUGGAAAAGAUCAAAGAGAAGCUCCCUGGCUAUCACCCCAAGUCAGAGGACGACAAAGAGAAAGAAAAACAGAGUGCUUCUCAUUGAGAACCUUGCUGAAUGAUGCAUGCUGUUGGGACCUCCUUGUUUUCUUUUUACAGUUCACCCUCGUCCUGCUGUCUGCUUAAUUGCCUUGUAUUUUCAUCAUCGCUUUUCUUCUUUUUUUUUUUUUUUCACCUUUGUGUGUUGUGUUUCUUGUAUUUUGGUUUUAUACUCUUGUUUUUAUCUUGAAUUGCUUCAUGUAUGAAAGAAAAAACAAUGUUCUAAAAAAGCGAGUAAUUAAUUAUGAAAAAUAAUAUUUGUAUUA